GGCGUCUGUAGGAUCUGUAUCCCCGUCUUCGUUGACGUCCUAUAUAUCUUCUCGGGGUGGAAAUACGGUCGUCGGAUGCGCGGCAGUCCUGAGUCUCGUUUCGAACUUGGUACCGAAUGCGAGGUCGCGAUACCCAACGCCGAGGGUUGCUCUUUUCAUAAGUCUAGCUGCAUCGUCGUAAGACAAGACAAUAAUUUAGAAAAGAAAUAUCUGUUAGUCGCGAAGUAUAUCGAUCACUUUGUCAAAGUAUCACAUCCCAUAUCGCAGCAUGAGAAUAUUAUUCUUGCUGCUUCUCGUGGCAGGUAUUACAACGAGUAUCGCCAAGCCCAAUCAUGGGCAAUCAGCGAUUGAAAAUACCAUUAAAAUAUCAAAAAGAGGGGCGGAAACUAACCGCGUACAUUCGAUACCCCUGGGUUCCGAUGUGACGUUUCACUGGAGGGUCGAACUGACGGACGGAACGAUUAUGGUAGAAGUUCACUAUGUCGGGGGAGAUAACACCUGGUUUGCUAUUGGAUUCUCUGAUUACGGAGAGAAAAGCCCAGCCGAUUAUUGCAUUUUAUGGUCAGGCUGGAAUCGGGAAAUCAAUCUACAAGACGUUUGGGCGGAUGAAGAGGGUAAAAUAAGCGUCGACGAUCAACAGGACUGCAAGGACUUUCUAUGGAAAAAGCGUGGAAAUGUGACGAAAUUUUCUUACACAAGAAAAUUUGAUACAUGCGACAACGAGGACUACGUUAUCGAAGACGGGACGACGCAUGUUGUCUGGUUGAAAGGCGAGGGCCCCUUGUACUCCAUCGCGGGUCUGCAAGUCUCCGACGCUAAGGUGACGGGGAUGUCCAGGGCUCAACUACCCAGGGUGGCUCAUCGCGAAGCACCAGUGCCGAAUGAUGCUUGGACAUUGGAGCUUUUGGCGAGCCAAGUCAAGGUGCCCAGCGAUGAAACGACCUAUUGGUGCAACGUACACAAGCUUCCGUCCUCGUUGAGAGACAGGCACCACAUUCUCAAGUUCGGACCGGUAAUUCAACCGGGCAAUGAGCACCUCGUUCAUCAUAUAGAAAUAUUUCAUUGUGCCGGGCCCGCCGAAAGAUCUAUUCCCCCAUACGCCGGCCCUUGCAAUCAUCCCGAUCGACCGGAGGAAACAAAGGUGUGUCAGAAGGUCCUGGCGGCCUGGGCGAUGGGGGCGGAAGCAUUUGUUUACCCGGAUGAAGCUGGACUUCCGAUAGGUGGUGAGGAUUUCAACCGCCAUGUAAUGCUCGAGGUUCAUUACAACAAUCCCGAGUUACAUUCAGGCCAAGUAGAUUCGUCGGGAAUCCAAUUUGUUCUCACAAAAACCCUUCGGAAGUACGAUGCGGGCGUAAUAGAGCUCGGUCUUGAGUACACGGACAAGAUGGCAAUACCUCCUGGACAGGAAGCCUUCACUCUGUCGGGUCACUGCAUCGCGGAAUGUACCGGAGUCGGUUUGCCCAGAGAAGGAAUAAAGAUAUUCGGGUCUCAGCUUCACACCCAUUUGCUCGGUACGCAGGUCGCCACUCGUCACGUAAGGGAUGGCAUUGAACUCCCGAUACUGAACCGCGACAAUCACUACUCGACCCAUUUUCAGGAAAUCAGACUACUCCCCAAACCCGUCACCGUUUUGCCCGGGGAUUCUUUGAUAACAACUUGCACGUACAAUAGCCUGAAGAUGUCGAACGUUACGUUGGGUGGAUUCGCGAUAUCAGACGAGAUGUGCGUUAACUACAUUCACUAUUAUCCGAGUACGAGACUAGAGGUAUGCAAAAGCGCGAUUAGCAGCGACGCGCUUAGAACUUACUUCCGUUACAUGCGAGACUGGGAGAACCAGCCGACGUCGAACGUCAAGGGAAUAUCAGAGAAUUACCAGAGCAUCGAAUGGAGCAGGGUCCGCAUAGCGGCCCUCCACGAUCUUUACAUGGCUGCGCCAUUAGGUAUGCAAUGUAACAGCUCCGAUGGCUCCCGGCUUCCAGGGCUGUGGGAAAACGCGGCGUCGACGCCGAUCCGGUUGCCCUUGUCUCCACCAGCUCGUGACUGCCUCGGUAUCUACGGAAACGCAUAAUCAUUACGGAAAAUAAUCAAACUACAUGCGAAGAUUCCAAAGAAACUGAUGCCAUGAAAUAAAUAUAUUCAAAUUUAUGUGUGAGGAUGCACUCGUUGUAAUAAUAUGUACCCUGUUUAUUCCUUGAA